CAAAGAUGCUAAAGGUUCACUAUCUGAAAAUGGCAUCUUGAACUUGCCACAACAGAAAAGAUGGCGUUUACCUUUGCGGCUUUCUGCUACAUAGUGGCGCUAAUAUUAACUGCGUUUCUGAUUUUUUUUGCUGUAUUUCAUGUUAUAGCUUUUGAUGAAUUAAAAUCUGACUACAAAAAUCCUAUAGAUCAGUGUAAUAGCUUGAAUCCACUUGUACUACCUGAAUAUUUUCUUCAUCUCUUAUACACAUUGCUAUUUUUAUUUGCGUUUGAAUGGAUAUCAUUACUUUUAAAUGUUCCGCUAAUUGUAUAUCAUUUUCAUAGGUAUCGAACAAGACCAGUUAUGAGCCGACCUGGCUUAUAUGACCCAACAACUAUAAUGAAUGCUGAUCAGCUAAGCAGAGCCAUGAAAGAAGGCUGGAUAAAGCUUGGUUUUUACGUAUUAUCAUUUUUUUAUUAUUUAUAUGGGAUGAUCUCUACAUUGGUAUCUGGAAUGUGAAAAUAUGCAAAUUUCAGCAACAUUUGUGAAAAAUUUCCUUGUGAUGACAUAAAGGUCCCAUCAGAAAGAACAGUUAUGAUAAAGAUCAGAAUGUUAGAACAUUUAUUUAAUUUCAUUUGAUAAUGCUUCAUAACAGCCCUGAUUUCUCAAAGUUAUGAAAUUUCAUUAUGUGUGCAUCUUUUCAUUGACUUUUCAUGGCUGCUUCUAAGAGAGGUGGUAUUGUUCAUAUGUACAUAAUGGUUGUUAAAAUGAAAAGGUGCUGUUAUUUAUAUAAUUGUACUGUGCAAGUCGUAAAUAAAUGUCCUUUAUUAAAGAA